AUGUACCGGAAGUUCAAGGAGUGCACAACUUUCCGUUUCGAAACCUUCUUCUGGACGGAUUCCAGAACGGUCCUGCAGUGGCUUGCGAAACCCCCAAGAACGUGGAAUGCCUACGUGGCAAACCGUGUCUCCUUUAUCCAGCAUAUUACCCAAGGUUGCCACUUGUUCCAUGUACCCGGAGUCAUGAACCCAGCUGACCAGCUGUCCAGAGGACUGGACCCCAAGGAGUUCAUUGACGGAGAUUGGGACCCGUUGUGGAUGUACGAGACGAGUUCUUGGCCUGCCCAAGCAACACCCGAAGAGGAGACCGAAGAUUGCGCCAAGGAGAGGAGAAAACACGUCGAGUCAGCUGCUGCAGUUUCUGCCAAGUCAUUCAACGAAUCGUAUUUUGCGAAGUUCAACGAAUACUGGAAGCUGAUCCGCACGACCGCCUACUGGAGACGGUACCUGCGCAAUCGUCGUUUACCGGAAGCCGAGCGUACCCUGUCAGUCCCGCUAACCACCAAGGAACUACAAGAAGCGGAAUGGUGUCUCGCACGGCUGGUCCAGCAAGAAGCUUUCAGCAGGGAACUCCAGGACCUGUCCAAAGGCAAACCUGUCCACAACACCUCGAAGCUACGGUGGUUCAACCCGCAACUCUCCAAGGAAGGUGUCAUCCGCGUGGGAGGACGGUUGGGCAACUGCGACCGAAACGAGAACUUCAAGCACCCGAUUAUCAUCCCAGGAAACCACCACUUCUCCAAACUUCUGGCCGACUGCCUGCAUCUACGACUGUUUCACGCCGGAACUCAGCUGAUGCUAGCGACGAUGCGACAGAAGUUUUGGCCGCUGAGAGGACGAGACCUGUGUCGGCAGACCACACACCAGUGCAAGGACUGGUUUAAGGCGAAACCUCAACUUUACAGCGUAGACUACUUUGGGCCAGUCUACAUUAGGCAAGGGUAUAGAAGGGGGCCGGUUAAGGCUUACGUAGCUGUGUUUGUUUGCUUUGGAACUAAAGCGGUCCACUUGGAACUGGUUUCGGACCUGUCCACCGCCAAGUUCCUCCAAGCACUGCGUCGGUUCGUGGCUCGCCGGGGAAAGCCAGCCGACAUGCACGAGAAACACCACGAACACAUCCAGCACGAAUGCUCACAGGAGGGUAUAAAUUGGCACUUUAUCCCUCCUGGCGCUCCCCACUUUGGUGGGCUCUGGGAAGCCGCUGUUAAGUCCGCCAAGAAACACCUUCUCCGCGUUGUUGGUCAAUCCUCCAUCUCACACGAGGACUACAUAACCCUCCUCGCCCAGGUAGAGGCUUGCCUCAACUCAAGACCCCUCACGCCCCUCACUGAAGAUCCCUCCGACCUCGAACCGCUAACCCCCGCUCACUUCCUGAUCGGGACAUCCCUAGAAGCUGUGCCGGACAAGAACUAUUCCGAGAUCCCGAACAACCGCCUCACGCACUGGCAGAGCAUCCAACAGCAGCUUCAACAUUUCUGGCGUCGGUGGCAUACGGAGUACCUGCAACAACUACAAGCUCGUGUGAAGAACUGGCAGCCUGCGAUAGAAAUUCGCCCUGGACGUCUUGUCAUCGUGGUCGACGAGAACCAGCCGUCGAUGAAGUGGAAGAUGGCACGAAUACACGAGAUUCAUCCCGGCGCCGAUGGUGUGGUCCGCGUAGUUACGCUCCGGACUGCUACUGGAUACCUGAAGAGACCAGUUACGAAGAUUUGCCUGUUACCAAUACCAGCAGAAUCGAUCGAGGAAGAAAAGGCAGAGACUGCUGAAAUCGGAUUCGACGACAAUCCGACCCGGAGGAACACCUGUAACCUGGUUCCCACCGAGGAUUCCGACCUGUACUAG